CGACGUUCAUGUCAUUUCUGUAUCAGUACAUUUUACGUAGUCGGAUUUAGAAUUAAAGAAGAAUAAUUUUAUACAUGCGAUUGUAUUUGCUACAACUCUCGUAAACAUAAAAUAUGUGGACGUGUCAAAAUGGCCGAUCUUAACAAAGAAUUGAAUGAAUAUCUUCUUAGCAGUAAAAAUGAGAAACAAUUUAAGAUUACUGUACCUUCGGUGACAAUACCAAAAACAAGUAUUGGAAAAUGGUUCGGAAGAAGCGGAGAAGAAGAUAGAGAAGAUUCGGGAUGGAUACAAGGAGCACAAAAGGAAUGUUGUCCUACUAUGACAAGAAUUCAGAGGCUAAUAGCAUUUGUUGUAUGCUUUUCUUUGGGUAUACUUUGUUUCUGUCUGUCUGCAAUUUAUAUUCCAGUUUUAUUACUUAAAGCAAGAAAGUUUGCGCUCCUGUAUACAUUGGGAAGUGUUUUCUUCUUGGCCAGUUUUUGCUUCCUUUUGGGUCCAUUAAGUUACCUAAGGUCAUUAUUCACUGCUGAGAGAAGAUGUUUUAGUAUGACCUACCUUGUAACACUGAUAGGAACACUUUAUUUUGCCUUACAUUUACAGUCUACGCCAUUAACUGUGCUCUGUGCUGUUUUACAAUUAAUAGCUAUGUUAUCGUUCUUGGUAAGUCAUAUACCUGGUGGAACUAAAGGUCUAAUGUUUUUUACAAGAAUGUUCAAAUCUUCGGUUAACUCUACAUUGCCUGUAUGAUGUUAUAGCCACCAAAUAUAUAUAUACGAAAUCAA